AUGGAACAUGAAACUGUUCAAUCUAUUACGUUGCCAGUUGUCGAAGCGUGUUUAACCUCUUCUUUCAAUGCACUGGAGGAUCACAUUUCCAGUCAAGCACUCAGUGAUGUAAAGCUUAUCAUGCAGGGUCACUCCAUGACCCCUGAUAUGAAGGAAAGGAUCAUGCGGGCAAUAGAAGGGGCAUGCGUAACCCUUGCAAUGGUCCAAACUGAUGCUAUCUCAGUAGCAACAACUGGUGACUGUAGAGUAGUUUUAGGGCGAGAAGUUGGGCAAUCAUGGCAAGCACUUCCACUCUCUGUUGAUCAGAACGCAAUGAAUGGUAAUGAAGUGGAAAGGCUGAAAAUGGCCCAUCCAGGAGAAGAUAACAUUGUGCUCAAUGGGCGUGUUCUUGGGAGUCUAAUGCCUUUUCGGACCUUUGGUGAUGUUGACUUUAAGUGGGAUGCAAAGUAUUUGGAAGGUAUAGUUCCCGUUUGGCCUAACUACAAGACUCCACCCUAUAUUACAGCGGCACCUGUUGUUACUCAUCAUGAAAUCACGGCUGGUGACAGAUUUCUAGUCAUAGCAUCAGAUGGAUUGUGGGAAAGGAUCAGCAAUGAAGACGUGGUUAACAUUGUAGCAAACACCCUUAAGGAAGAAACUGAUCUCCAUGGUUCCUUUUCUUUGUUGAAGUAUUUUGGCAAGAAAGGUGGUGCUAAAUGUUGCCCACCAAAUGCUGCAACUCAACUGCUGUGGCAUGCCCUGGGUGGUGCAGAUGAAGAAGUGAUGAAACUUUUAGAAGUUCCUCCUGGGUAUAGUCGCAUGGUCCGAGAUGACAUAACAAUAAUUGUUGUAUUUUUCAAUUAA